AUGCAAACUCUGCACUCACCGAGACUCCAUCCGGCCCAAGUGCCGCUCCCCGCAACCCGGACAGCUUCACCGUGCCCAUCCCCAUUCGGCACCCCGAUCGUCAAUGACGACGGCCCGCCAAACGAGCGCGUCUCGCCCUAUGUCCGCCCACUCGUCGACGAGCUCCAAUCCUCCGGCCACCUCGUCUCAGUCGCCAUCCCCGCCGCCUCACGCUCCUGGAUCGGCAAGGCCCACCUCAUCGAAGCCGAGCUAACAGCGAACCUCGUUCACCCUGACUCCUUCCUGCCCGACGGAACCUGGGACUCAACCUAUAAACCUGGAUUCACGUCCGAAGAUGGCCAACAAUCCGACUGGGUCGUCAUCCAAAACGGCACACCCGCCAGCUGCGCCCAGCUAGGCUUAUACAACCUCUUCACCGACCGACCACCCAUCGACCUCGUAAUCUCCGGCCCAAACCACGGCCGCAACGCCUCAACAAUCUACAACCUCUCCUCCGGAACCGUGGGCGGUGCCCUGGAAGCCGUUUUCUGCGGGAAGCGCGGCAUCGCAAUCUCGUUCGGCAGCAAGGAUCCACAAACUGAUAGUAUUAUUGCGGCCGCGGCCCGGCUGGCUGUUAAGGUUGUGGGUCAUCUUUGGAGAAAUUGGGACGAGCGCGUUGAAUUGUAUAAUAUCAAUAUCCCCAUGCGCGAGGACGUUGAGGCUCAGCCUGUUUUGUAUACGAGGACGUUGCCUUAUUAUUGGUCUCGUGGUUGUCUUUAUGCUGAGACGGAUAAGAGGAAAGAGGAGGCUAAGAGGAUCUUGAAUGGGGGUGUGAAUGGAAAUGGGAAUGGGAAUGGGGUUACGGCUAAUGGGGUUAAUGGUGUGCAUAAGGAGUGUAAUGGUGUCAAUGGGGUUAAUGGUGUGCAUCAUGAUGAGCCUGAGACCAAGGCUGAGACUGUCUCCAAGCAGCGCCAUUUCAAGUGGUCUGCUGAUUUGUCGGAUAUGAAGAAGACGUUGCAGGAGAGUGAGGAGGGGACGGAUGCGCAUACUGUUCUGAAUGGCUCGACUAGUGUGACUGCUUUGCGAGCCAACUUCUGGCACGUCCCUGGUUUGGAUGGGCCGAUAGAUCUUGAGCUGUGA